AUGUACAUCCACAAAGCGCCUAUGAUUAUUCUUAGCAGCAAUCCGCCGGAUAAAAUGUCAUCCUUUCUACAACAAAAGACGGGCGGUGCCACGUGUACAUGGAGAUAUUUGGGACGAUUCGUGACGGUUGCCAUUUACGCGUCGGUCGCCUUGUUUCUGUGGUAUACACUGAUGCCGGCGAGACAUAAGGAGCAUGCCGCCCCCCUCUCCCUUAACAACCCGGACCCUAGAGCUGUCGCCCCAGUGUCCACAAAAAAUGUUGUGAUCUACGCGGCCACCCAAUUCUUCGGACACCCGAUAACGACCGAACGAUUUCUAGCGACAUGUCCCGAUGUUCAGAACUACUGUAGAAUAACACAAGACGAGUCAGAGUCCGACAACGCUGACGCCGUGUUAUUCCAUAAUGCGGAUUAUCGGGGACCGAACGAAAAAUUUAAAAGAAUGAAAUCCCAACGAAAACCUGGUGUCCCUUACGUUCUAUGGUCAUUGGAAAGCCCGAGUAACGACAAUUUCCGGCCGGAGAGUCACAUGAUCAACUGGACAAUGACUUAUCGAACGGAUGCAGACAUCUGGGCACCUUAUGGUACUAUGGUGAAGAGGAAGACUCCAGUUGAAAUCGACCUUAACGCAAUUUGGGAUAGCAAGAAGAAAAGUGCGACAUGGCUUGCUUCGAACUGUUUCACGCCGAAUCGGAGAUUCGAUUUGAUCAAGAAAAUGAUUGAUAAUGGGUUUGAUAUCGAAAUCUGGGGAAACUGCGGCAAACAAGCGCCACAAUGCACAGGUGUCGAUAAUCAGGAGUCCCCAUGUGUCCUGGAGUUGAUUAAACCCUACAAAUUCUACAUCUCAAUGGAAAACUCGAAUUGCAAGGACUAUGUGACUGAGAAGUUCUGGAAGGCGUUGAACGAUCGAAUGGUUAUUCCAAUUGUCUUGGCAAGGAAGUAUUAUAAGGAUUUGGGGGUCCCCGACUCCGCCUACAUUGCUGUCGACGACUUUGCCACGUUUGACGAGUUCAUGACCCAUAUCAAAAAAGUGAAUAAGGACAAGUACACCUACUUGAGUUACCACGCGUGGAGAAAGGAUUGGCAAAUAAUAAUCGGAAGUGGAUUCUCCGGAUGGUGCACCCUUUGCGACCGUCUUCAGGAUAAACAAAAGAUUCUGAAGAAUCCGAAAUCGUACAAAGAUGUGGCGUGGUGGCACUCGUUCGAAAUGUGCAAUAAUCAGAUUGCAGCGAAAUAUUUAUGA